AGUCCAAGAAUUCUUUGUGCGGAAAGCCAAUGCAAAAAAGGGAAUGUUUGCCAGUACCCAUCUUGUGGUGAGAGAACCAGAUGGUUCCAAGUAUGAAGCUGCAAAGAAGUGGAAUUUGCCGGCAGUCACUGCAGCGUGGCUUUUGCACUCUGCAAGGACAGGAAAGAGAGCAGAUGAAAGCAAGUUCUUGGUUGAAAAUGCAGAGGCUGAAGACACGGAGAGUUCCAUUACUCAGCUUAGCAAGGCACCAGCAACUGUUAAAUCUCCUGAUUCAGAACAACCUACUUACCUCUUUGAAGCUGGGAAAAAAACAGCUGUGACCCCUCUUGAUAUCAACAGGUUCCAGAGUAAAGCUUUCCAAGCUGUAAUCUCUCAUCAUAUUGGGAAGAAGACAACCCCUCUUGCACAAGGGGGACUGCCACAGAAAGAACCAUCUUUGCAUCUUGAUACACCAUCAAAAUUUCUUUCCAAAGACAAGCUGUUCAAGCCUUCUUUUGAUGUAAAGGAUGCUCUGGCAGCUUUGGAAACUCCAGGAGGUCCUGAUCAAAAAAACAGGAAACUGAGCACACCUCUCUCUGAAGUCAUCGGCAGAAACUUGAAAUUGGCCCUGGCAAAUAGCACAAGGCAUACAGUAGCUCUUACUGCCAGCCCUCAGUUGACUGCUGCAGAGCCAGAAGUGGAAGAAGAGCCCAAGCCUCUAGCUGACGUUGUUAUAUAUGUUAGUAAAAAACUUAGUAAGAAGCAAAGUGAACUGAACGCAGUAGCAGCUUCUCUUGGGGCAGACUACAGAUGGUGCUUUGAUGAAACGGUAACACACUUCAUCUACAAAGGAGGACAAAAUGACAACAAUAAGGAGUACAAAUCCGUUAAAGAACGGGGUAUACAUAUUGUCUCAGAACACUGGCUUUUAGAGAGUGCCCAAGAAUAUAAACGACUUCCUGAAUCCCUCUUUCCUCACACUUACAAUCCCAAAAUGAGCCUGGACAUUAGUGCAGUGCAAGAUGUCAGGCUCUCGUCCUCCAGUAAAAUUUCAUCAACUGGAAAACCAGCAGAAGAAAAUGAGAUUAUUCCAGUGGAUGACGAUGAUGCCGAAGAUGAUGUAACUACUGACCAAAUAAAGGAAACAGUCACUACAGGGGAAGAACAAAUUACGAGUGAAUCUAAAGGAGUUUUAACCCAAGCACUAGAAAUGAGGGAGAACUUCCAAAGGCAGCUGCAGGAGAUAAUGUCUGCCACAUCGCUAGUGAAACCCCAAGGGCAAAGAGGGUCCCUUUCAAGGAACAGUUUUGACGGUUCUCCAACCACUCCUGAUAGCACACGCUCUGUGCGAAAUGGCCGCAGUAGGGUCUUGGAAGCUCUAAGGCAAUCCCGUCAGGCACUCACAGAUAUAAAUACAGAGCCAUCCCAGAGUGAGCAGAUCAUCUGGGACGAUCCUACUGCGAGGGAGGAGAGAGCAAGACUUGUCAGCAACUUUCAGUGGCCUGAUAGUCCUUCCCAGUACACUGAGCAAGGUCAGAGUAACGUCAAUAAGAACAUGGAUGAGUCUGCCUUCAGAGGAUCUUUAGCUGAUGCAGAGAUUGCUGGUAUAGCUGUUCCCGAGGCUGGAGAUGGAGAUUUGACUGAAGGUCUAAAGAAUCCUAUAUGUAGGGAUCCUGAAACACCGAUUAAAGAUCACUUGAUCCCCACUCCGCAGGCCCCCAGCAUUGCUUUCCCACUGGCUAACCCUCCUGUGGCACCACAGCCCAAAGAAAAGGCUGUUAUAGAAGAUGAGAAGGCUGAUGAAGAACCAGAAAAACACCGUAAAUUUCAGCUGUCUUCUCUUAAUCCUCAAGAAAGAUUUGAUUACUGCCAUCUGAUUGAGGAAUUAGGUGGAAUAGUACUUGAGAAACAGUGCUUUGAUCCAAGUUGCACGCACAUUGUUGUGGGACAUCCUCUUCGAAAUGAAAAAUUCUUGGCUUCGAUGGCAGCUGGAAAGUGGGUGCUUCAUCGUUCCUACCUGGAGGCAUGUAGAGGAGCUGGCUGCUUUGUUCAGGAAGAAGAUUAUGAGUGGGGAAGCAAUUCCAUACUUAAUGUUUUGCCUGGAAUCAAUGUUAACCAGAAGAAACUAGCACUCGCAGCCAUGAGGUGGAGGAAAAAAAUUCACAAAGGGAGGCAAGAAACUGGUAUUGUUGAGGGAGCUUUCAGUGGCUGGAAAGUGAUCCUGAAUGUUGAUCAAACCAAGGAAGCGGGAUUCAGGCGCCUUCUUCAGUCAGGAGGAGCAAAAGUGUUUUCUGGUCAUUCUGUGUGUCUCUUUAAAGAAGCAACUCAUCUCUUUGCUGACUUCAGUAAGCUGAAGCCAGACAACACCAGGGUUAAUGUAGUGGAGGCGGCAGCCCAAGGAGUGAACUGCCUGAAACCGGAGUACAUCGCUGACUACCUCAUCCAGGAUCCACCUCCCCCAAUGGACUCUUACUGCCUGCCAGAAGCUGAUUCUUACCUUCAGACUAACACAGAACUUGGAACUGGAUUAUCCCAGAAAAGAAAAGCACUGGGAGAGAUGAGCAGAGUCAAGCGAUCCAGAAUACACUGAGGAAAUUCCAUGGUUUUCAUUUGUACAUUUUUAAAAUUCAUAUUUAUAUUUUUUUCAUUCUCACCACAAACAUUAAAAGCUUUGAGUUUCA